GAGACAAGCUUUGUAGAUGUGUAUCACACACUGAGAGUAGCCUAAAAGCUGAAGUGCUGGCUAUCAAAGACCAGCGUAGGCUACAUGGCGUCCACAACAUAAGCAUCAGAUAACCAGGCAACCAAUGAAACUGGUAGGGCUAGAUGGCAUCCUCGCAGCCUCGCCCAAUUGCAUCAUUUUCAACGAAAUCAGAGGCUUAGACACGCAAAAACUUUAAAUUGAACCACUUGACCGGGGAACCUGCCUGCAAGCAUCAAAUCUAAUUGCGAUAAUUCUUUAUGGUUGCAUCGCAAACAAGGAGACAAUAACGAACAUGAAAGAAAUGGCCGAAACGACGAUAACAGAGGAUGUUUAUGACGAUGCAUACGAGGAGAAACCGGGCCCAAAACCUCCAGUCCAAAUCGUAUGGAGAAACGUUAUAUUAAUGUCCCUAUUGCACCUAGGAGCUCUUUAUGGUCUGACGAUUCUUCCAUCCGUCUCUACCUUAACGCUUUUAUGGACGGGAGUGUGUUUCAUGGUAAGCGCUCUAGGAAUAACCGCCGGCGCCCAUCGCCUUUGGAGCCACAGGUCCUACAAAGCCUCAAUGCCAUUACGAAUCUUCCUAGCAACUGCAAACUCUAUGGCUUUUCAGAAUGAUAUCUAUGAGUGGGCCAGAGACCAUCGUGUCCAUCACAAGUUUUCUGAGACCGAUGCGGACCCGCACAAUGCCCACAGAGGUUUCUUCUUCUCUCACAUCGGCUGGCUGCUGGUCCGCAAACACCCAGAAGUUAUUGAAAAAGGACGCAAACUGGAGCUCGCUGACCUAAAAGCAGAUGGGGUCGUAAUGUUUCAGAGGAGGCAUUACAAGUUAUCUGUGGCGGUGAUGUGCUUUCUCAUCCCCACGUUUGUACCUUGGUUCUUUUGGGAAGAGAGUCUUUUGACCAGUUACUUAGUUCCUUGUCUGUUGAGAUAUACUGUGGUCCUUAAUGCGACCUGGCUGGUCAACAGUGCAGCUCACAUGUGGGGAAUGAGGCCCUAUGACCACAACAUCAAUCCCAGAGAGAACAAGUUUGUUGCCUUCAGUGCCAUCGGUGAAGGAUUUCACAACUAUCAUCACACAUUCCCCCAUGAUUAUGCUACAAGUGAGUUUGGCAGUCGGCUGAACGUGACCAAAGCAUUUAUAGAUCUCAUGUGCUUCUUUGGACUGGCCAAGGAUUGCAGGAGGGUAACUCGUGAGACCAUCAUGGCCCGUGUUAAACGCACCGGUGAUGGCAGCCACAAAAGUGGUUGAUUUGUUCAGUACAUAUCAGAAAACAAACAAACAAACAAAAAAGUUAUAAACCAACAUAUACAAAAGCAUUUGCAGCAUUUCGUAGUGAGCAAUGAAGAUUGAUCUAUAUACACUCUCAUUUGAAAUAAAAAAAAAAACUCUAGAGUGUGUUGGACUAAUAUGUGUUCUUAAGAAUUCUUUCCUUUUCAUGAAGUGUAUUGGACUGUGGGGUAUUAUUUUCGGAGAUUGUAAAGGCCAUAGAUUGGGAGGAUAAUUAUGUCUCAGUCUGCCUCAAGAGGCAAGAGAUGGUACUUCACUAGUUAAACAGCUAUGUGCCUCAUUACAGCCCUCUCUCAUGAAUAGGUUGACCCAUGUUUUCUCUGGCUAAGCACUUACUGUUCUGAUUUAAAAAUAUCAUUCCAGCGAGCUAUGCAAGCUGUAAAAUUAAGAUGAAAUACUAUUUAUAUGCUGGCACUGUUUUACAUUUUCUGAAAUUAUAAAAGCUGAUUUCCAUUUAAAACUGAAAUAACUUGAAUGACCACCAAAAGUUAGUACUGACAGUAUGCAUGGAAAUACAUUUUCUGGCAUUAUUGAUAAAAUAUUUACAUUUCUUAUUUAUUAUAAUUUAUUUUUUAGAAAAUAUUCUACAUGCCAAUGCAGAGGUCCUCAGAGCAGUGGUGCUUAUAAUGAGGAAUUCCCUCAAGGAAAAUGAGCAAUUCAGUUUAAUUUCUUAAUGAUCAUUUUCCAUGUUGCACAGCUCUUUAUCUGGUUUCCUUGGACUCUUGUGGUCCUGUAAAAAAAGUAUCUGGCAAACGUAUAUCGUGAACUCUUUUUUAAUUACAAAUAUAUUGAAGUAUCAAAGGACUAUUUCAAGUAUUAUGAAAAAUAUUUAACCAAAAAACAGUUUGAAAGAACAGUUCAAGAUAGACUGUAUAGCAUAAGAAAAAUUAUUUCAAAUUUAUAAAGUUUUAUGAAGUCAUUCAGGGUGGGCUCUUUUCUUGGCUCUUCUGUGACGAAUGAUCACCUGUAGCUCCCUACAUAGGCCUAUAUUUUUUUUUUUCAUAAAUGUUUGAUUGGUUGAUAUGGGUAUGAAUUUUUCCAAAUGCAAUAUAUAUAUAUAUAUAUAUAUAUAUAUAUAUAUAUAUAUAUAUAUAUAUAUAUACAUAU